AGUUUAUUUUCUAGAGAAUGCAACUCUGGCAGGGAGGUUCUUGUUAUUGUUGAAUUUCCUGAUGAACAGUCUGCUCGUGUCUGCCAAAAUGUUUUUGACUUGUGACGCGCAGCAAUGGAUUAAUGCUGUAGUGGCGAAGGGCUGUGUCAGUGCAACAGGUUUUCUGUAAAACAUCAUGAGCCUCAGCCGUCAAACAUCAACUGGAUCAUCUGGAUCCAACCGUAAAGCUUCGAUUGGAUCUCUCAACCGUAAGUCAUCAACUGAAUCAACAGAAUCUACCCGAAGGUAUUCAGCUGGGUCGCAUAAUGGACCCAUCGCACUUAUGGAAAAUAUAUCAGUCCUUCCAAAGUUGAUUGUAUUUGAUUUGGACUACACAUUAUGGCCACUCUGGAUUGAGAUGUACAAUGCACCAUUUCACUUGGAGAGCCAUAGAAAUGAACCCCAAGCCAGAGACAAAGGUGGAAGGAUAGUAAAUCCUUUCCCAGACGUCAAAGAGAUCUUGGUGGAGCUGAAACAAUCAGGCAUAGAGCUAGGAGUUGCUUCUCGAACACCAGAAAUAAAAGGAGCAAGAAAACUGAUGGAGACUCUCGACUGGGAUAAAUACAUAUCUUUUAAAGAGAUUUACCCAGGAUGCAAGACAACACACUUUGAAAACCUUUCCAAACAUUCUCGUAUUCCAUAUAAUGAAAUGUUGUUCUUUGACGAUGAAGAUCGCAACAUCAAAGACAUAACCGCCAUAGGAGUUGUUUGUGUCCUAGUGGACGAUCGCGGUGUUACCAGAAAAACGGUAAGGGAGGGAUUGCUGAAAUUUGAAAAAGAACGAAGCGGUGCAAAAGAAGUCCAGAGCAAGUGAUGCAGCAAUCUCAUACGUUCUAACAAGCCUAAAGCAGUGCAACAAAUACCGUGCAGUUCACUAAAUUUUUAUGUUAUUUACUUUGUUUGCUUUAAAAGCAUAUCUACAUUUAAAGCGCUUAUGUCGCUAUCAUAUCCCAGUCAAAUAUGUUAUCACAGCAUUUAUAGAGUUGCACUUAAGUUUUGACUUUUCAAAACAUAUGAUGCAAAUACAGAAAACACGAAAACAGUA